AUGGAAAUUGGAAGAGACCAGGGCAAGAUGACCAUUGGAAGCAGCCCGUUUGACAUUGGCAAAACCCCACCGGCAACGAGAAAUUCAACCAAAUGCGACUUGGCCCGAGUACAAGAGCCACAUCUUUUCAGGAUGUCGAGGAACGAGGACUUUGAGGUUGGGGGCGCCUUCCAGAACAUGGGUCCAUUUACUUCUACGAAGAGAGAACCAGCGAAGACAGAUCCUUCAAUUUUCAAGGCGCCUGUAGCUCAGUGGAUAGAGCGUCUGUUUCCUAAGCAGAAAGUCGUAGGUUCGACCCCUACCUGGCGCGAGUAA